CCGUACUGCGUCCUGUAUGGCGUCACGAGCAAAAACAAGAACCGUAAGCGAUUGUCAAAAGACAAGCUAGCUCGGUUCGGUUAAAUGAUAAGUACACACGAAUUUGCUUUGCUAAACAUUUGUUAUUUGUGGAAGCCACACGCCUACAUUGAAAUAGAUCAACACGUUAGGUUCGAGUAUGGUUUAUAUGAUUGGUGGCUGUGUAGGAUUUGUUGACGGUUUGAUCCCGUUCACUCUAGUUAGUUUACGAAUGCCACUGUUAAGCUAAGGAGUCGUAUUAGCUGGCUAGCUGACACUUGGAUUUGUCAGUGAACAUCACGUUUGGUGCCGUUAGGUCAGCCUUUUAACGUUUAUGACUUAAUUCGUGUAUGAUUAUUGCCUAUUAUAUAAAAUAUCCACAACAACAACAUGUGUAGUUGAAUAGAGACUGGUCUGCGACAAUGGCUUACAACCAAGAGUUCAACAUGUGGUAGAUUUUUUCAAGAAGAAAACUUUGUCUCCCUCUUUUAUUUUCCUACUCAAAUACGCGGAAUUGUUCAACAGUUACCAGACACGGGACACUGGCAGUCUGUCAUGUCGGACCUGGACACACUCAUAGUCACCUUUCAGACUCAGCUCUCGGAUGUGAUGGAGACUGUGGUAAAGACAGCCAUGUAUGAAGUCACCAGGCUGGUGGAGGACGGCUUCUUGGAGGAGGUGAAGCGCAGAAGCCAAGAGGUGGAGUCUCUAAGGAUGCAGCUGCAGUGGGCUGAAAAGAAAUUAAGUGACCAAGGGGGGAAAGAAGGAGGAAAGACAGGAAGGUGUGUUGACUGUACCAAGAAGGACGUGGAACUGUCCACUGACACAGCAGAGGGAGAGUCUAAUAAACAGCAGGAUGAUGUGCUGAGGGGCUGUGAGAUGAAAAAAGAGGGUGAUUCUGUUGGAGGAUGGACAAGAAGCCACAGGCAAGAAGUCAUAUCAGAGAUACCACAGGAGGCAGACAACUCUACAGCCACUCAGAGCCACGAAAGGGAAUCACAGGCAACAGAAGGAGAGGAUGUGAUGCCUGCUGUUGAUGUGAAGCAAGAAGAGGGUAAUAAGCCUUCUUGUUCAUCCGUACAUUUGGGAGGGUGGAGCGAUACUCUUGAUGGUGAAGCGGGACUUGAAUCACAUAGCACUACUGAGAAGACAGAAGCACCACCAAAACAGACUCAAGAAAACAGUGAAGAAUUAUUGAGGAAUAUCAUUAAGCAAGGCCUGCAGAGAUCUGCUGCAUAUGUCUUUCCUGACAAACAGGAGGAAACACAAGUGGCUGCAGAUUCAUCUCAUGUCUCAUCUUUGGAAAUGGACACCAGUUGGGCUGGACUUAUGCAGAAUCAAAGACUUGGGACUGAAAAGGAUCACGAUCCAACCACAACUAGAGGACCUAUAAAGCGAACAGAACUUGACCUGUCUGACUCUGUCAGAGCAGGUGUUCACGCUCAGGUUACCCCAGGCAGAGAUCAGAUUUCAAGCUCUGGAUCCCCUAAAGCAAGACUGCAAAACAGUGAAGCAUUGGGUGUGACAGUGAAGCAGGAGGUUAUUAUUGAUUCUGAUGGGUGUGAGGAACGUGAGCAUAUGGGAAAGAAAGAAAUGCCAAAGUCUGGGAUGGCAUCUUUCUCAUGCUCAGUGAAACAGCACAGGUUGAGUUCAGAAGCACACAAACAGAACCAUAUUUCCCAUAAAGCCACUGUGCAGGAGGUUAUGAAGCUGCAUACCAAAGUGGGUACAGGUCUCAGAUUGCAAGCCGCUAUACAGCACCUCCACCGACCAGUGAAAAGAAACCCUCACGUGCUCUCAAACAGUACCACGGCAGCACUGUCUAUAGCUCAUUCUCAGGUUGUAAACUUAAAUCCCCUCAACAGAAUUCCCUCCACAUCCAAAGCCGCUCCACCUCCUUCACUCUCAGUGCAGCGAGUUCAUCUGGGUGACAAACAAGCUGCAGCACUCAAUCGAACUGGUGCCCCAUGGGUGGGCAUCAAGUCCCAGCAUCAGUCUGCAAACUCUCAUCAUGCCAACCCCAUACCCCAUCCAGACUCUCACACUGGCCCCAGGCACCUCCUGCGCUGUGGCCAGUGUGGGAAGUGCUUUCCCCACCCCAGCAACCUGAAGGCUCACCUGCAGACUCACACAGGUGAGCGGCCUUUCUGCUGCACUCUCUGUGGUCGCAGCUUCACCAAGCUGAGCAACCUUAAAGCCCACAGACGGGUUCACACUGGAGAGAGACCAUACUGCUGCUUGGCUUGUGGCAAACGCUUCACCCAGAAAUGUAACCUGAAGCGUCACCAGAGGAUCCAUCUGGAUGUAUGAUGACGGACAGCCAGUAACAAAAUGACGCAUUUGGUGUGUUUGUUUCCUCUAGAUUAAGAUUCUACAGUAUUUCUUUUGCAAUGUAAUACAGUUGCUGUGAUGCAUUGCAAAAAUGCCUCUUGUGUAUUUGUCUCUUGAUGUAAUUGUCCCAUGUUCUUCUGUGCAUUCCAGAGAGGUUCAUCUCUAUCUUCUGAAGGUGUUUUAAUGUAAUUAAAGGACAAAAAGCAGUGUAUUGACUAAUAUAUCUUGCACAGAGAUAGGUCAAUUGUUACUUUUGGUCAAUAAAAGAGUAUUUAUUCUGUGAACACUAAUAUUCUUUCAUUGAAUCAAGUACAUUAUGCCUGUGAGCACAAAUCACUUAAUAACUAUGGAUCUGGUCCUGUGUUUAUUAAACUGUUAAAUGUGUAA